AAAGAGUAGAGUUGGAUUGGAAGAGGUAUAUAAGUUUUAGAGAGUAAAAUAAGUAUAUAGUAAGCUUGGCCCAUAACCCUUACUACUUACAAACUGCAUCUAAUUUUAAUGAAGAAAUAAGGUUAUAGGAUAUGUUUGUAAUUCACAGUAAGCCCUAAUCGAAACUUAUGCCAUUUCUAAACCCCGUAUAUAUUUUCCACUCCCAUUCUCACCGAGCACAAACACACUCCAAUGGCUUCCUCACUCUCUCUAACCCUCCUCCCCAUCACACACAACGUACGUGCACAAUCCACACGCGCCAAUGCCUCCAUAACCAGGAGGCAGGCCCUAUGGGUGGCGACCACCUUGACCACCGCUAAAUUUGGAGAGGCCGCCGGUUUAGCAGAGGAUAUUCCACUUUUCGGGAUAAGGAGGCUGAAGAAAGUGGAGGAAGAGGCUGAGGAAUUGGUGAAGGAAGGGGAGAAAUUGGUGGAGGAGGGUUUAGAGGUGGUCAAGGAAGAUGUGGAGAAGGGUUUCGGCGGCGGCAGCGGAGCGAUAAACGUAGCGGCGGAUUUGGGACAGGCGUUGGGGGUGGCGGGGGCCGAGGUGGUGGGUUUGGUGGUGGCUUCCUCAGUUGUGAAUGGGAUUCUAGGGCCUGAGGCACAAAAACCAUGAAAAUCAAAGGUUUCUCUCUCUAGACUUUCAAAGUUCUCUCUCUAAACUUGGUAGGUCUCUCUCCAUUUGAGGGGAUAAGGAAUUCGUGGCCAAUUUUCUUCUCUCUCAAUUAUUUAAUGUGAUUGUGUGUCUCUUGACCU